AGCUUGGUUCAAAGCGCCGCUUGGUUCGCGAGCCGAAAGGGCCCAAAGGGGUGGGCAGCGCAGCUUGGCGCGGCCGAAGGUUUGGGCAGCGCGCCCGAGCACAGGAGGCCAAGAGAAAAACCAAGAGGUGUUUGCAACACGUGAUGGAAGAAGUCUUGGAGGUAGAGCAGAUUGAGCCUCCGGCAAAGCGGCUCCGCCUCCUGAAGAGAGGUCUUGAUGGAAGACGUUUUCAACCGGAAGGUUCAGAUUCAGAUGUGUGGUCAGUCAGCGACUCUGAUCAGGAGUUCAUUCCUUCAGAAUCCGAGGGAGAAGAGUCGUGGACUCCGAGUCCUCCUGCACAACGCCGCCAGAAGACCUUUGCCAGCAUUGCCUGGCAAGAUUCCAGGCUUGCUGUUCCCAGCGAUGCGAGCACGGGUAUCAGUAGCGGAAGUAGCGCAAGCAGCGGGAGCAGUUCGCGUUUCCCAGAUACUGGCUGGGCCGAUGCAAUGUUUCAACAUUUUAGACAGCCUCUUGAAGAGGCUGCAAAGACAGGGCUCGGCUCCCGAGCGAUAAAGCUUGGGACGGACUGCUCUGGCGCUGAGGCACCAUGGUUUGCGCUGAAGGCCAUUUGCAGCGAGCUAGCCUCACAGCUUGCCGUGAACCUGAAGGUGCAGCAUCAGUUUGCAUGUGACAUCCUGCCGAUCUCCCAACAUUUCAUCGUUCAGAACUCCAAGCCCAUGUUUCUGUUUGAAGACUUGCGGGAAAGAACGGACGUGGGCUAUUGUUUGCAGUCUGAGAUGAUGAUGCCAGUGCCUAGCCACCUGGACCUCUAUGUUGCUGGCUUUCCUUGCAAGGACUUUUCCAUCUUGAACUCCAAGCGUCCGUGCUUGCAAGGUCCACAUGCAGCGACCUUUCAUGGUGUAGUGGGCUACAUCAAGAGGCAUCAACCGGCCACAUUCCUGCUGGAGAAUGUGCAAGGGAUCGCAAUGAGGAAGAAAGGAGAGGCCAAGGCACCAAUCACAGAGGUCAUGGAGAUUCUUCGAGCGUUGGACGGCUACGAGGUGAAGGGCUGGAAAGUAAAUUCAUCGGACUAUCAUUUGCCUCAAAACCGAGUUCGAGUGUAUAUUGUGGGUGUACACCGACGUGCAAAGCUACGCCGACCACUGGAUGCGUGGUCCGUGUCGAUUCGGGGCAUGGCAAAGCGCUCCAAGGUGCCAGCGCAGUCAUUUUUGCUGGAUGACAGCGAGAUUGAGGUGCAAUCUGAGCUUGAAAGGCUGGAGAUCCAGCAGGUUGAACGUGGAAGGAUGCCCAUUGCUGGAGGACGAUGGAUAGAGGUGAAUCGUCAGAUCCGAAAACAGUUGGGUGUCAGGCCAGAGGAAGGGCCAUUGAUCCCAAAGGGAUGCGGAUGGUCCCGGUUCCUCAGCCAGCGAGUUCAGGACACUCUUGAAUUGCAGGCCAUCCGCGCUUUGAAAAAGGUCAAAGGAGGAAAAGAUUUGUCCCGUUUGAACCUUUUCGCUGAGAUUUCUCGAAGUGUCCUCUAUGGCUCUUGCCGACCCCGAGAAACACCAUGUCUUACCCCCGGAAGCAAGAUCUGGGCCUACACCAGACAGAGGUGGCUUAUUGGCCCCGAGAUGUUGGCGCUGCAGGGUUUUCCUGUGGAUGAGCUGAAUCUGGAGGGGCUCACGGACCAGCACAUCCGAUUCUUAGCAGGCAAUGCUAUGUCUGUGCCAGUUGUGGGACUCUUCUUGUACGCAAUCUUUGCCUUUGUUGAGUUUGAUUCGGAGCCUGAUCCAAUGACUUUGGACUAGAUCGACUUCCAUGAGAAUGGCGCUGGGCGCCACAAGGCAUCACAUUGUAGAGGGACCUUGUGGAAAGCCAUUCAAUUUUUGCCAGCUUAUGGAGCUUCGAGCCUGGCCCACGUGGUUGAGAAUCCAGACAC